AUGUAAAAUUGUGAACACCGAAACCUCAUUUUUUAAUCACCAAUUUUCUGUGUUUUCUGAAUAAUUUGUCCAUAUAUUUAAUAGGUUUAUCUGUGAUCAGUGCCAUUUUUCAAUGGAAUUCUUAAUCUUUACGUGCCAUAACUCAGUCUACCCAGUCAAUAGCGAAAACAAACAGCCACUCUCAACUAGUUGAUAGAUCGCCUUUAUACCCUGUCUUUUGCACCCCUAUUUUUCCAUUUGCACCACAAAAUGCGACGCAGUUUGGCCCCCAGCAGGCUGAAAAGGCUGAAUGGCGAGGAAGAAGCGGAAAAUGCCAAACGAUCAAAAAGAGGCCGAAUACUCAGUUCAUCAAAAAAAUCCGUAGAACCAGAGACUGUCAUAGAAAAACCGCCUGCACCCAUUACAGCUGAAUCCCUCUCCAACCAUGAAGCCCUCAUCCGGCAGAUCUUAACAAAGCCGUUCAAGGUACCAAUACUGAAUUAUCAAGGUGGAAUUGGUAGCAGGGCUUUGGGAGUGAGGCGAGAUGGUGUUCGAAGGCCAUUGCAUGAUCCUAUGGCACCCAAUGCUCUUGUCCUAUACACACCUCCUCAACUCAGUGCUCAUGAUCUGCUCAAAGUUGACAAAGAUAAAGUUCAAGUCCAUGUGGUAGUUGAUCCAGUUUUAUCAAAUAUUCUGCGACCACAUCAACGGGAGGGUGUGAAGUUUAUGUACGAAUGUGUAACAGGAGUUCGAAUCGAGAACGCAUAUGGAUGUAUCAUGGCGGAUGAAAUGGGUCUCGGGAAGACUCUUCAGUGUAUAACACUGAUGUGGACCCUCUUACGGCAGGGACCAGAUUGUAAACCAUUAAUCAAAAAAGUGGUUAUUGUCACUCCUAGCUCUUUAGUAAAGAAUUGGUGCAAUGAGAUCGUCAAAUGGCUUGGUGGAAGGGUACAUCCUUUGGCAAUCGAUGGCGGUGGUAAGGAACAUAUCGACAAGCAGCUAACCAGUUUCAUGCAAACGUACUCACAGCGAGUGGUCAAUCCCAUUCUAGUCAUUUCAUAUGAAACUUUUCGCAGCCAUGCUCAUGUUCUGAACAAAGGAGAAGUGGGCUUAGUUCUAUGUGAUGAGGGGCAUAGACUGAAAAAUUGUGAAAAUCAAACAUACCAAGCCCUGGUGAAAUUACAGUGUCAGCGUCGAGUACUGCUCUCUGGAACACCGAUUCAAAACGAUCUCCUUGAAUAUUUCAGCUUAGUUCAUUUUGUCAAUCAAGGACUUUUAGGAACUUCACAGGAAUUCAGAAAACAGUACGAAAACCCAAUUUUGCGUGGACAAGAUGCGUAUGCAACAGUAGAUGAAAGAAAGAAAGCGGAAGAAAGGUUGAGUCAGCUUAUAGGUAUUGUAAAUCGCUGCAUGAUUCGACGCACAUCUGCACUGUUGUCCAAGUACCUCCCUGAUAAGACUGAACAAGUGGUCUGCAUAAACCUAUCAUCCAUCCAGAAACAAUUGUAUCAACAUCUCAUCAAAUCUGACGCAGUAAGAAGAACAGUCAAGGACUCUAAUGACAAAGUCAGUUUAACUGCGCUGUCGUCAAUAACAUCUUUGAAAAAGCUAUGCAAUCAUCCAGAUUUGGUUAUGGAUAAGAUACUUUCCGGAGCAGAUGGAUUUGAAAAAGCGAUCUCGUUACUACCUAAGGAGUACAUCGAUACUUACAAAAGGCAAAAGCUACAGGUUGAGCUGUCUGCAAAACUUAUGGUGCUGGAUACUAUGCUGGCAGUCAUUAAAACAACAACAACAGAUAAAAUCGUUCUAGUAUCCAACUACACGCAGACCUUGGACCUUUUCCAACGCCUAUGUAGUUUGAGGAAUUAUAAUUACGUUCGUUUGGACGGAACCAUGACAAUUAAAAAACGAGCGAAGAUCGUGGAAAAAUUCAACGAUCCGACGGGAGGUGAUUUCAUAUUCAUGCUGAGCUCAAAAGCGGGAGGCUGCGGUCUGAACUUGAUUGGUGCUAAUCGAUUAGUCAUGUUUGAUCCAGAUUGGAACCCUGCUAACGAUGACCAAGCCAUGGCACGAGUGUGGAGAGAUGGUCAAAAGAAACCUUGUUUUGUCUACAGGUUUCUGUGUACGGGAACUAUCGAGGAGAAAAUGAUGCAACGGCAGGCUCACAAGAAAGCUCUCAGUUCUAGUGUUGUUGAUUGUGAAGAAGAUGUUGCGCGCCACUUCAGUCUUUCAGAGCUUCGAUCCCUGUUCCAGCUGGAGGAGAACACCAUUAGUGAUACACAUGACAAAAUCAAAUGCAAGCGAUGUGUGAACGGAGUUCAGAUGAAGCCUCCUCCUGCUGACAGUGAUUGCACCUGUGAUUUGAGCUGUUGGUAUCAUUGCGCAGAUAAACGGUGGCUGGUAGAUCCUAUCCUGAAAAGUUGCUGGCCUGCUGGAAUUUCAUUCGUCUUCUAUCAGCACUCCACCAAAGUUAAAGUUGAUGAAAAACCCGCUGUCAAAGAAGAGGUGGAAGAUGAAACAGAAAAAGAUGACGAAGAGGUGGAAGAUGCAAGUGGCUCGGAGAGCAAUGAAGAUAGUUCCAGUGACUUUGAAAAGGAAAAUGAAGCUUAUAAUGAUUAGAUUCCCCUCCAACUGACCUGUAUGACUUCUCACUCCAAAAAAGAAUUUUAUGAAAAUCCAACACGAGAAAAUCUGCUUUGCCCAAAGUUCUAAUGACUUUAAAGAAUCAAUUCGCUUCUGUAAUUGUAGUAAGUAAGUACAGUUAAACUGUCAUAUUAUAUUUGAUCAAUAUUUGAAUGCUACAUUUCUAGUGGUAGAGUUCUGAAAAAAUAAGUGGAAUUCAGAACAAUAAUAUAUUUCCGCGAGUCAUGGUAGUUGAAUGAUACCCAUGUUUGUCUCAGUGAAAAGUAAAUAAGGAAACUUUGCCCAGGCGCUGUAAACACUAUUAGUUAAGCCGAAAAUAGAACCAGUUAAUUUUUUUUAAAAACAGUAAGUGCUGUUUCUGGGUCCAGGUAGCCAAUAGAAGCUAUUCAAAGCCCUGCUCAAUUAAUUUCACGUUACGAAAUUAUCUGCUCAUCCUUUAUCCAGCGCAAAGAUAGGGCACAUUCACCUGUUAUCAUUUUUUUUUAAAUUAUUAUUAUCCUCGUUUUUUAAUUUUUCCCAUACACAUAACAUAUUUAUGAAUUUUCGAUUACACGGGGUAUGCGAUAUCCAGCUGAAGCUUCUAUUACAAUUCAUUAGAUGAUUAUGAUAUUAGUAUAGGUAGAAAUUCAUAUGAAUUUGUACUUUAUCCUUCAGAUCAAAAUUGUUUUAAUGAAGUUGAGCCCACCUUAGCCGAAAUAACACACAAAUUAAUUGUAUUUUCGAUGAGCUUGGCAUAAUUAGAAAUAUUUUCAAUUUAAAUGAUCUUCACAUCGGGCUUCAGGAUCCGAUAAGAAACUUGCUUGAGCGAAGCUUUUUCAAUCUGUCUUUAACUCAGACAAACCGUGUGUCAUCAUAAACCGUAUGUUUUUGUUGUUCUUGCGCAGCAAGCUGGCAUUCAUUUUCACAUGAAGGAAAUAUUGGCUGAAUUUGCAGAGUUUGUCCUCAAAAGUCCAUGCUCAUUUGAUAGAAACUCAGAAUUCAGAGAAAUGUUCUUGACUGGUUAAAACCUAGGUCAAUUCAGUGACGUUCUCUAGUAAAAAAAUACAAAUUUCUUUAAUAAUUAAGCUCCAAAAUAUGAAAGUAUACUGAAAUUAAUUUGAACCCAAAGAUUUUUAGUGUAGAAUUCUCUUGUAAGGUUUGGUAUGUGAUGAGAAUGUGGAUGAAUUUUCUCCCAGUUUUCACCAUUAAUUUUGCCUCGACCGUUUUUCUUCACCUGCCUUGAUAUUUUGUUAAAUAUUUGCAAUAUCCAAAGCCGCCAAUCAUAAUGACUUGAAUCUGCUUUACCAUCAAAACACCAUAUCAUUUUACUCACAUUAAUUUCAGCGGAAGCUUGGUCCUCUGAGACUCUGAAAUUUUUACUUCGGUCAUUAUGUUUAAAAUAAUUUUGUACGGAUAUUAAAAUCAUUCUAAUUGACAAGCAAGAACAUUUAGAUUUCUGAUUCGAACAUUUAGAUCUCCACAGAAAAUGUUUUCUCGUCAAAAUUCCAUGCAGGAACGAUGUGCAUAGUAAACUUUUAAAUAAUUAACACCUAUUUAAACCAAUAAAAGCAGCCAAUACCGAUUUGAAAUGUCUUGGAUUUUUCUGUCUCAAUAAUGUCAGUUACAAUCGCUAAUAUUUGACUACGGAGCCGAUUUUGAAGCUUUGAAUUGACUUCAUUGUUUUGCCUUUCAAGUUUGAAUGAGAAAUCAUGCUCCUCGGUGGCUUAAUUCAUUUCUUGUCUGUUGGUUCUCUGUGGGAGGUUGUCUUCUGAUUCAAUCGAAUAAAAUCUCAUCUUCUCGCUGAGAUUAGAGAGGAAUUUAAUUUGUUCCGCUUCUGAUUUAUCUCGUUUUUUCCCUCGCAUACUGUCAUUCAUCUAACAUUUUUAUUUGUAAAAGCAAAUUGUUUUCCAUUUUUUUUAAUUUCCUUAAAAUUUCAUGCUAUUCUUCCGCUUGAAAUGGAAAAAGAAAAAUGGUUUAUUGCCUUGCCUCUGAACAAGCAAUGUAGGCACUUUUAAAUAAGUAAUUUAAGGAGUUAAAAACUUGCCCAUAUUCUAAGUACUGUGCCUUAUAACCCUUGCUGUUUGAAUGCUGCUCACCUUGGUAGUUUUUCCCCAAGUUUUGGGCUGGUUUCUGCUCAUUUACACGCUUCCUCUUUUUUGAGUGACGUGAUACUACCGUUUCUCAAAGUUGUUAAUCAGAUUUUAAAUUUUACAGAACCUCUGUAAAUAAUAAUGUACGUUCCCAUUGUAAAUAUGUUAAGGGAGGCGGUUUUCUCUAUUUUUUGUGAAUUAAUUUUAAUUUGGUUGUAUAUAGUAAUAGAACAGAGAAGUAUAAAUUUUGUUUUUUAA